GAAAAAACGAUGGGCCUGAAAUGGGAAUUUGAGUAGAGUUUUGAAAAAUUUAAACUCGGUGAAUACGAGAGGCUCUCACCAUAUUUCAGGACCAUGGUUUCGUACAAGCCGGAGCAGUUACUCGACCACGGUCUCUGAAAUACCACCCCGGGAGCACAGGAAAAGCAGAGCGCACUUUAUCUCACCCUUGAGCUUUCCCGGCUUUUCGGCGGGAGCAAAAGGCGAGGGGGCGGGGGAAAUCGCGGAAGACGAAGAGAGGGGAAGGCUUGGAAGAGGAAGAGAGAGGAAGGCUUGGAAGAAGAAGAAAGGGGAAGGCUUGGGUGGGCUGCAUUUCUGUCGGUGUGCAGCCGGUGCCUCGGUCCACGGCGAUGUCGAGCUCGGAGCAGCAGCUGCCGCAGGGCCAUGUCGAGAUGGAUAGCAGACCUAUAUUACCCACCACAGGUGGAAAUGAGAACAUCACACAAGUAGAUGCAGUCAAUAUAAGCAGACAAUUACUUGAUCCUGCAGAGAAGUACAAAAUGAACCAUCAAAGAAGAGGAGUUGCAUUAAUCUUCAAUCAUGAGCACUUUUAUUGGCAAUUAAAGCUGUACGACAGACGUGGGACUAUGGCAGACAGAAACAAUCUGAAUCGCACUUUGACAGACCUUGGGUUUGAAGUCAGACUUUUUGAUGACCUGAAAGCAAAUGAUGUGCAGCAGAGAAUUUAUGAAGCCUCUAGGGAGGACCACAGCAAUGCUGACUGCUUUGUGUGUGUGUUCCUGAGCCACGGUGAGGAUGAUCACAUUUAUGCACAUGAUGACAAAAUCAAAAUUCAGACAAUGACAGACAUGUUCAGAGGAGACAAGUGCCAGAGUUUGGUAGGAAAACCAAAGAUAUUUAUCAUUCAGGCCUGUCGAGGUGAUCAACAUGAUGAUGCAGUCAUUGCUCACGAUGCACCAGACAACAGCAGUGAAUCCCCUGUCAAUGACACCGAAGUGGAUGCAGCUGGUGUCUAUACUCUGCCUGCUGGUGCAGACUUUAUCAUGUGCUACUCUGUGGCGCAAGGCUACUAUUCUCAUCGUGACACUAUAUAUGGCUCCUGGUACAUCCAAGAUUUGUGUGAGACCCUUAGGAAGCAUGGAUCUUCUGGGGAGUUCACAGAACUUCUUACUGUUGUUAACAGGAAAGUAUCACGUCGCACAGUGGGUAUGUGCAAAGACAUUAACGCUAUAGGGAAGAAACAGAUUCCUUGUUUUGCCUCAAUGUUAACCAAAAAAUUGUAUUUUCAUCCAAAGUCUAAGUAGAUUAUUUGCCAAUGAUGACCAUUACUAUUACCUGCUGCAGAGCAAAGAUUACCAUCUUAGUUGAGGACACAUAAGAUUGUCUGUAAAAUUGUCUACCAGACUGUAAAGUCACUGGGCUCAAACAUUACAGUAUGCAUACCUAAUAGUUUCUAAAAUCUUGAAGCAGUUUUAAAACUAGAAUUACACCAGGGAAUUCAUCUCAGGGAAUAUGGAAAAAGUUGACUGGUGCCAAACUAUUAGAAGGUGCUCAGAUUUCAUUGAAAUUGAUGCUUGAAAUUGAUUUUUUAUCUUAAAAGCUUCUUGCUUGGUUGCCAUCUGACCAUGGCACAUUUUACUAUUUCCAAAACAUUUCUAAUAUUCCAUUAGAUUACCUUGUGUUGCUCCUAAAGCACAGUUUACAGGGAAUAUGGUUUGUAGGGCAUCUUUUUGAAUUUGUGAACAGCAGAAUCCACAGCUUUUGUAGCUUUAUUGGGCUUUUUAGAAUUUUUUAAUUUUCCUGCAACACUACAAAGGAACUUAAUUCCUUGAGUACAACUAUAGCAUUAAUACAGGAUUAAUCCAAUAGGGUUGAUUGAUAGAGGGUUUCCUUUUACUUGAAUAUGAUUUAUACUUGAGGCACAAUUACAGUUUGCUGGUACUUUACAUCCUCAGGAGAAAAACAGCAGUAAUGAGACGAGACCAUGUACAGUUGGCUCAGGGUGAGCUUGCCUUGUCCUAAAGCUAAUGCUGCUGAACAUCUCUAGGCACCUCUACAAAAUAUAACUUGCAAACCUUCAUACUUCAGGCCUUUGA